AUGCCCGGUGCGGUGUGUGGAGCGGUGUGCGCGGUGCCCAAUGCCCGGUGCGGUGUGUGGAGCGGUGUGCGCGGUGCCCAAUGCCCGGUGCGGUGCCGGGUGCGGCGGGUCCCGCCCUGCCCUGCCCGGCCCGGCGCGAGCGGAGCGGGCGCGCGCGCCCCAGCCAAUCAGCCCCGUCACGUGAGCGCGCCCCGGCACGCGGUGCCGCUGCCGCGGCCGUUACAGCGGCGCGUGCGGGGCCCGGGGGUCGCCCCAUCCCCUCACGGGGGGCUUCGGUGCAGCCGGCGGCGCCGCGCCCGCCCUUCCUGUCUUCGGGAGACAUCGCUUCCAGGAAUUGAGGGGCUGCGGAGGCAGGAAAUCCUGCGGGGCCCCGCAAGGGGAGCGGCCGCGCUGACGUCCCAUCAGCGCGGAGCAUGGGGGGGCGGGAGGUGCCCUCCGCCCCCUCCUCAGAGUGUUGAAGCUAUAAGGAGAGAUGGAGAGUGUGAUGUUAUCCUUCAAAGUGCACAUGGAAUACAUGAGGAGAAGCUAUCAAGAUGUUGGAUCAGAUGGAUGGUCUGGAUUUUAAUUGUUUGUGAGCCAGAGAGCAAAAGAGGAUCAAGAAAGAGAAUUAGAAUUUUUGUAUUGCCUCUGCGUUGGAAGAUUGUGGUAUACUGCAUAAGAAAACUUUCUCUGCAUUUUCCAGCAGAGACAUUGAAAAGGUGCCAGAUACAUUUAAAUGAACCUAUUAAAAAGACAAGAAAUUUGGAAAUAUGGAGAAAAAGAAAGAGAAAAGCGAGUAUUACUUUCAAAUAUUCACACCUACAUUUUAAUGAAAAUAGUUAGGUAAAUACUGCCAAACUAGUAUUUAAUCUGCAGAGCUUCAUUUGGGCUCGACGUCUCUGUGUCUUGAUAGCUGUAGAAAAGUUGUUUUCUAAAUACAUAACUAGCUCCUGUAAACAUUGCAUACGGUAUUUGUAGAUCAAGAAAAAAGAGAAAAAGCAUGAAAACAAUUUUAGUACAGAGAGAAAAUUUUGGCAAUGUCCUGUGCUUUGUUGCAAAGUACCUACUCUUUUCAGACUGAGUGCAUGUGGCGCUAAA